CCCAACAGUUACUGCAGAAAGGCCGUCGCCCCCAUGAUGCCAUUCAGAGCAGGGAAUAAUGUGCUCAUUUGCAAAAUGCUUCUGUAGUCACGCCACGUUUGCAAGAUUUCUUGAGUUGGAGGUGGUGCUUUCACACAGAGAAACCCCACGUGGAGUCGGCACUGUUUUCUCUGCCAUUCUCUGACACCGUAAAAACUGGCGUCAUCUGGCCACAGAAAAUGUCAGCCUGCUGUACAAGCUGUACUGCCUCACAGUGAUGACCCUGGUCGCUGCCACAUACACCGUGGCACUGCGCUACACCAGGACGGUGGGGGCAGAGCUCUACUUUUCAACUACAGCUGUGUGCAUCACUGAAGUCAUCAAGCUGUUCCUCAGCGUGGGUAUCUUGGCUAGAGAAUCGGGAAGCCUGGCAAGGUUAAUAACAUCAUUAAAAGAAAAUGUCUUUGGAAGUCCCAAGGAAUUGCUAAAAUUAAGUGUUCCAUCUUUGGUGUACGCUGUCCAAAACAAUAUGGCUUUUGUGGCUCUUAGCAACUUGGAUGCAGCAGUCUACCAGGUGACGUACCAGUUGAAGAUCCCCUGCACGGCGUUAUGCACAGUCCUCAUGCUGAACCGUACCCUUAGCAAGAUGCAGUGGUUCUCUGUCUUCAUGCUGUGUGGCGGCGUUAUUCUUGUUCAGUGGAAGCCUGCUCAGGCUACCAAAGUGCAGGUGGAGCAGAAUCCAUGGCUAGGGUUUGGAGCCAUAAGUAUUGCUGUGCUAUGUUCGGGAUUUGCAGGAGUUUAUUUUGAGAAGGUAUUGAAGAGUUCAGAUACUUCCUUGUGGGUGAGGAAUAUUCAGAUGUACUUAUCGGGGAUCGUGGUGACUUUGGUUGGUGUGUACGUGUCAGAUGGAGCCCAAGUUCUUGAGAAGGGGUUUUUCUAUGGCUAUACCUGCUUCGUCUGGCUUGUCAUCUUUCUUGCCAGUGUGGGUGGCCUCUACACUUCGGUUGUUGUGAAGUACACAGAUAACAUAAUGAAAGGCUUUUCUGCAGCAGCAGCCAUUGUUCUUUCUACUGUGGCCUCAGUCAUCCUCUUUGGUCUCCAGAUAACUAUUACCUUUACCCUGGGUGCUCUCCUGGUCUGCGUUUCUAUUUACCUCUAUGGAUUACCUCGACAAGACACCACAAAAAUCCAGCCCUCAGAGACUAAAAGUUCGAAAGAGAGACUUGUUGCUGUGUAAUGUCCUUGAAAAUGGACAGACAAGACAAAAAAGGACUUUAAAAACAUAAAAACUGAUUUUUUUAAAUUAGCCUUAAGCUAGUUGUGAAAUGGUUUAUGGGGGAUGGAUUAAAAACAGAAGUUCUUUCUAUUUCACAUGUGGAAUUACCGGUGGUUGGUGCUGAGGCUUCCUUCCUGCUGGGAGCUGGAUGGGUGUCUUACUGAAGGCGUUCUUCAUUCGUGUUGGACAAUGAGGAGUUCCAUUUACAAGGAAAGCAGAAUGAAGGAACUGAACGCUCAACUGUAUAUAAUGUAUAUAAUGGAGGAAAACUGGUUCUUAUGCUGUAUUUGAUGAACUUUCUUUACCCUGGGAGGGGAAAAAAAUGCCAUAAAGCUUCAAAAAAAAAAAAACCUUUUAAAAAGAGCAAUUACUGCCAGCAUUUUUUCUUAAACCAUUUGGCAGCUGCGAUUAGUCACAGGAGAGGUUUCUCUUCUAGGUAAUAUGUAUCAUAUGAACAAAGUACUUCAUUCGUGUUCUUAGGAUGAUUUGUAAUGCUUUUUUCUUUUAUGCAUUUGAGUAUGAGGUGUCAGACUGGAAGAUGAUCUGUGCACUUUUUCUCCAAACUCUUUUUGCAUAACAAAGUGGUGCUUGAAAACAG